AUGACCACUCGGAAGGCGGUCACCACCUUUGCCAGGUGUCGGAAAGAACUCACCAAAGCCACAGAGUUGCUGAAAGAAAUCAAGGCUGGCAGACUGCAGCAGCAUGAGGUGGGCGUGGCCAUCUCCAGCUGUGCAAAGUCCACUAGGUGGCCUGAAGCGGUCGAACUGCUCCGUGCUGUGCCCUUGCCCAAUGUCGUCAUCUACAACGCCACCAUCAAUGCCUGUGCCAAAGCGCAGCAGUGGGCCUUGGCGGUGCAACUCUUGCGCGAGAUGCCCGAGAGGCGGUUGAGCCCCAAUGUGGUGAGUUUCAGCACUGCGAUGAGUGCUUGCCGGAGCCAAUGGCAGCGAUGCCUCCAAUUGCUGGAAGCUUUGUGUGAAGAGGCGAAGCCCAACUCCAUCAGUUUUAAUGCGGCCAUCAACGCUUGCGUUGGUCGGUGGCAGGUGACCCUGCAGCUCUUGCACGAAAUGGACUCAAGGCUCAUGGAUCCUAAUUUAAUCAGCUUCACUGGUGCCAUGGGCGCUUGCACCACAGGCAGCCAAUGGCCGAAAGCAUUGAGCCUGUUCCGGCAGCUGCGGCAAUGGAAGCACCUACCCGACCUCAUCAGUUGGAAUGCAGCGAUGGCGGCGGCUGAAGCAGGCGCCAAGUGGCAACUCAUCAUCCAGCUCUGGAAGGAGAUGACCAUGGCACCGAACAACAUCAGCUUCACCUCGGCCAUCGCGGCCUGCGAGGCAGCGAGCCAGUGGCGAAAUGCCUGCGACUUCCUGAGGCUCCGAAGCUGUUUCUUCACAUAUGUGAAGACCUCCAUUGGGACGAUGGGUGCGCUCGCUGAAACAGGGCAUGGCGCGCGUUGGCAUUGGCGCCCCCAACGCUGGCGCCGCCUUGAACAGCUGCACCAGGGGCGCCGCCUGGCCACAAGCCCUGGAGAUUCUGCGGCAGAUGCCACAAUGGCAGGUGCCGGAAGACAUGUCGGACGGUUGUAG